GGUGAUAGUCCAUACCAAAGUGGGGUCUUCUUUCUCACAAUCCACUUCCCCACUGACUAUCCCUUCAAGCCACCAAAGGUAAGAAUAGAUUUGUUAUGGAAGUCAUUACAUCAUUAAACUGUUGCUAAAGAAUGGUCCUCAUGGAUAAAUGGUACAUAAACACAGGUCCAUGUUUCUACAGGUAGCAUUCACAACAAAGAUUUAUCAUCCAAACAUCAACAGUAACGGGAGCAUUUGCUUGGACAUCUUGCGAUCCCAGUGGUCUCCAGCACUAACUGUAUCAAAAGGUGAGAUAACUGGGUUAGUACUUUACCAAACAAAUGCUGCCACAAUGUAGCUGGUUAACUGGCAGAAAUGACACACCUGGUUCCAUGUUAAAACAUUGUUCCAUCCGUUUCCAUCCAACACUUGUAGAAGGUUCUAUUACAACCCUCCUACAACUUGAACCUGAUCAUUAAAUCAGAAUGACCAAUUAUUACAUUACAUGACCAAUCUGACUGACUGGUGAUUGAAUGUGAAAUGGGACCAUUAACUGUAUCAGCUGCUGCUUCAUCUGUUUUCCAGUUCUGUUGUCCAUAUGUUCAUUGCUUUGUGACCCGAACCCGGACGACCCCCUAGUUCCAGACAUAGCACAGAUCUACAAACUAGACAAAGAGAAGUGAGUAUAUUGUUACUGUGUAAAGUGUUAGGCCUAUUUCUCCAAUGAGCUGCUGUAACCAAAUUCUUUGAAUAAUGGAGGACUUAUUUAGGUCAUUGCAGUAUAUUUGAACAUUCUAUAGCAAAUCAACAGAGAUGGCACCUAGACUUUGUUUCAUAUUAUCUUUGUAUUUGUUAUUGUGAGCAAAACGUGUUUAUUUUGUUUCCAGAUACAACAGACUAGCAAGAGAUUGGACCCAGAAGUAUGCAAUGUAA